AUGUUCCACCAGCCAGAGGCCAAGAACCCCUCUCUCCCUCCCACAAUUGUCGCCAGGCCAGGCCAGGCCACAGGGGCCUUUCAGAUUGAGGGCGACGGGCUGUCUGGCAGCAUGCCAGCGGCAGGCGUGAGUGACGAGAGGGAACAGGUUUUGUCCAUGUGCGCGGCGUGUCCUUUAUUUUAUGACAUGCAAUCGGCCCUUGGUGCUGAACAAUCGGCAGUGUGCCCGAACUUGGGUUUCCAACCUCCAGCAUCGUUCUUUGGAGACGGCUUCGUGGAGAUGCCCUUGGUGAAAGCCUACACAACCGUCCAGCUUCAUGUGCAGUUUUACACCAGCCAGCGAAGUGGACUCCUCUUCUUAGCUGCUGGGCAGGCGGACUAUCUCCUGCUGGAACUCCGUGCGGGCAUCCUACAGGCAAGGGUGGACCUGGGUUCAGAGGAACUGACCCUCAAGUCCCCAGCGGAGCCGCAACUCAACAACCUGGUGAUCCACGAUGCUGAUCUCCUGGUGGCAAACGGGCAGAUGUCCUUGACUGUGGACGGCCUCUUCAAUGCCUCCGUGGCACUCCCAGCCCCUCCGCGUCAACUGGAGAUCGAUUACGGCCUCUACGUGGGAGGGACGGGGAGCCUGGAACUGCCAUACCUCACCGGAGCAAGCUUGCCCUUCAGGGGCUGCCUCCACGCCGUGACGUUCAACGACCACGAUGUCCUCUCCGCCCUGGCGUCCAACUCCGGCGCCAAGAGAGUCAACGGCAUCCGAGAGGGGUGCAGCGAGGAAUUCUCUGCUGGGCCUGAUGAUCCCUUGGGCUUUUUGGGACCAAAUUCUUAUAUCGCAUUCCCUGGUUGGAGCGCGAGAGCAGAAGGGACCGUUGAGUUCGUGAUCACCACCAGCGUGAAGCAGGCGCCCCUGAUUUACCAGUCAGGACUGCAGAACGACUUCUUCUUUCUGGAAAUCUUUGACGGGCGCCUGAGAGGGGUGGUGGAGAAAGGGAACGGGCCCGUCGUGCUCCACAACAACGUCUAUCUCAGCGACGAGCAGGAACACUACGUCAAGGUCCACGUGGACGUCCGUCGGUUCGAAAUCCUCGUGGACUACUACGCCUCUCAGACCUCCAACAAGGGUAUCCAUAACUACCUCGAUCUCCAAGGGCCGCUCUUUGUGGGUGGCCUGAACGAGAAGGCCGCCAACCGGUUGAGGGAGCGCCGGCUGCCUUUCAACUCAGGGAACGGCUUCUCCAGCAGCUCCUUUGUGGGAUGCAUGGAGGACCUGAGGAUAAACCUGGAGAAGAGAAGCCUGCGCGAUGCCCUCGUCACCCGGGACAUGACAGCAGGCUGCGGGGCACUGGAACAAUUUGUGGACUACGAUGAUGCAUACGAGCAGGACGAAGCUCCCACGAGCCCUCCUCCAGAUUAUUGGCAGGGCCCAGUUAUGGAACCCUGCCGCCCGGACCCCAGCCUCCCCCCGGUCUUUGCCAACUUCACCAAACUGUUGCAUGUCAGCCCUUUGGUGGUUGCCGAAGGAGGCACCGCUUUCCUGGAGUGGCGGCACACCCAGCCAACCAUCGACCUCAACAGCGCUAAUAUCAGGCAGUCUCAGGUCCUCUUCAAAGUCACCUCAGACCCACGGCAUGGCCAACUGGAGCUAGACCUCUUCAGCGUCAGGAGCAGAAGGAAGUUUACCCUGUUGGAUGUCAUGAAUCGGAAAGUCAAGUACGUCCACGAUGGCUCGGAAGGGCCUAUGGACCAGGUGUUGCUGGAGGUAACCGUCACUUCCAGGAGAGGGAUUCCAGAAUGCUUAUGGCAAGGUCAGAUAUAUUUGCUGCCCAUAAAGAUCAACCCGGUCAACGAUGCCCCCGAAGUCGUAUUCCCACACGGAGACCUCAUGGUCAUUCUGGAGCACACCCGCAAGGUCCUGAACUCCGAGAUCAUCCAAGCCCUCGAUGACGACACCCCUUGUGAUAGCUUGCGGUUCCAGCUGCUUGGCGGGAAAAGAAUGGAAGAAGGUUACGUAGAGCACUACUUAAAUCCUGGCGUCCCGAUCGAGGAGUUCUCCUGCAGAGAUUUGGAAGCAGGCCAUGUGGUGUACGUCCACCAAAGGGGGCCUUCAUCACCGCUCAUAUUCCAAGUGAACGACGGCGUGGUCAUGAGUCCAGUCGCUACCUUGAGGGUGGUCGCCAUGGAGCCGGACAUCCAAGUGCGGAACAACACGGGCCUCUUUGUCCCACAAGGAGGUGUCGUCCCAAUCACGACAGCCAACCUCUCCGUGGAAACCAAUGCAGUCCAGCAAAAGGUUCCCAUCCUGUAUCGGUUGACGGCGCCCUUCCAGUAUGGUGAGAUCCAAAAGCAAGCAGCCCUGGGUGGGGAAUGGAAGACAGUCGAGUCGUUUCACCAGCAAGAUGUUGAGCAAGGGCGCAUCCGGUAUUUCAGCACAGACGUGGAGCACCUUGUAGAAGAUGUGACCGAGAAGGUGCAGUUUGUGGUCCAGGUGGGUCAGAAGACCCUGAGAAACAACACAUUCCUCAUCAAAAUCAAGAGGGCCACCAUCAUGAUGAAGACAAUGGUCUCGCUCCAGAUGAAGAAUGAGAGACAGAGAAAUAUCACUGCUGCUGAGCUGGAGGCGGUUUUAGAGGAGUCGGGUUCUGACCCAGUAUUUUUCCACUAUCUGGUAAUUCAGCCACCCAAAAAGGGAAACCUUGAACUCCAUGGCAGUAGGCUGACCGAUGGCUUUGGUUUUACCCAAGAGGAUUUGCAAAACCAUCACCUGAGCUACACUGCAACCAUCCGAGACUCAAAGGAAAGUGAAGACUUCUUCCAGUUCCGGGUCAUGGCAGAGGAACACUACUCCCCCGUGUACACUUACAGAAUACAUAUUGGGGGAGAUCCAGACGCUCCUACACUGACCAAUGUCCUUUUGUCGGUCUUAGAGGGAGGGCAGGCUGUAAUUUCCAGGGACCAUUUGUUUGUCAAGACCGUGAACAGUAUGGAUUAUAUGUACGAGGUGAUCGAUGGCCCAACACACGGGAAGCUGAUCUGGAGAACCUCCGGGAACUGGCCGUCCAGCGAGGAGUCUGUAGCAAAGUUCACCAACGAAGACAUUCUCCAGGGCCAUCUUGUGUACCAACAUGAUGAUUCCGAGACCCUGGAGGAUGACAUUCCCUUUGUGGCCCUCAGGCAAGGUGAGGGGAGCUUAGACCCGGAUGCAGAGGAAGUGAGGGGUGUCUUCCGAGUCUCCAUUCAGCCCGUGAAUGACCACACGCCCGUCCAGGUGGUGAACAAGGUCUUUCACGUGGUGCGUCAUGGACAGCGCCUGUUGACCACCGACGACAUUGCCUUCAUUGACGAGGACUCGGGUUUCUCGGACACGCAGCUGGUGUUGGUGAGGAAGGACAUUCUCUUUGGCAGCAUAAUCGCCCCGGACAACAGGAGCCUCCAGGUGUACCGUUUCACUCAGGACGACCUGAGGAAGAAGAAGAUUCUCUUUGUCCAUUCGGGGGCCGACCGAGGCUGGAUCCAGUUCCAGGUCUCCGAUGGCCUCCACCAGAUCGCGACGCUUCUGGAAGUGCAGGCCUCUGACCCUUACCUCACCAUCAAGAACCACACUGGCUUAGUCGUCCACCAGGGUGGCCGAAGGGCCAUCGACUCCUCCGUCCUCAGCUUGGAAACCAACAUGGAUAUCCGGAACGACGAGGACGUCCUCUUCCGGAUUAUAGCCCCGCCCCAAGGAGGAGUGGUUCUUCGUGGGGAUCAGGAGGUGUCCUCCUUCACUCAGAAGGACCUGCUGUCCGGAGAAGUGGUUUACCAGCACAACGGGACCAAAAACUCCCAGGAUAGGAUCCAUUUCUCUGCCGAAGUGAAUCAGGUGGUCAUGGAAGGUACACUGGCGGUCACGGUGUCUCUAGAUUCCCACCCUAGCCCACUCAACUUUGUUCAUCACGAAAGGAUCCACAUUCUCCAAGGCGAAGCAGUGGAGAUCAAGAACGACUAUUUGCUGGUUCAACAUGAAGACGUCCCUCCCCAGGAUAUAGUCUACACGGUCACCAUCCCUCCUCUCUCGGGGUUCCUGGUGGCCUUGUCUCAGGGCCCCACCUCAGAAGAACCUCCAAACUUGGACCCCAUCCAGUCCUUUACCCAAGAAGACAUCAAUGAAGGCAAAGUACUAUACCUCCACUCCAACCCAGAGAUACAGAGUGACCAGUUCACGGUAGACAUCACAGCCAAUGGGGUGGAUACCCUAGAGGGAGUCGUGGUGUCCCUGGAGAUCCUCCCAAUUUCAAUACCUCUGGAAGUUCACAACAUCACCGUCUUAGAAGGGAGCACGAGGGCCGUCUCCAUGGACGUCCUCAAUAUUCCCAGCACGUACUUCUCAGCUCUCAAUGUAGAGUUCAUCGUACUGAAAGGUCCAGAGCAUGGAAUUCUCCAGAACACAGAGAGACCCGAAGAGGGCAACCUGCUUGCCUUCUCCUGGUUUGAGGUAGAACAACAGCUGAUUCAUUACGUGCACGACGGCAGCGAAUCCUUUGCGGAUGGAUUCACGGUGGUGGCCAAUGUCUCUGAGGUCAACCAGCAGAGUCAACCCAGGACGGUCUCCAUCGAGGUCAUUCCAAGCAACGACGAGGCGCCGGUAGUGUUGGUCAACAGAGAACUCCAGAUGCCCGAAGGUGGCACAGCCGAAAUUACUCCCGAGCUCCUCAGAAGCGAAGACGAAGAUACCCCUCCGGAGGAAGUGGUCUAUUCCAUCAGGAUCCCCGUCAACGGGAAAGUCACGCUGAAGUCCGCACCCCAAAACAGGGCCCUGCGGUUCUCCCAGGCUCAGAUAAACAGCCGGCUUGUUCAGUUCAUCCACGAAGGAGCCCUGGAAGGAGGUUUUUCUUUCGAUGUAUCUGAUGGAGAGAACAUGUCCCCCGGGCAUUUUUUUGCUGUGGUCGCCCAUAAGAAGCCAACCAUCACUCUGGAAAACAAGCAAGACUUAACCGUUUGUCCAGGUUCUUCCCAGCCGAUCACCACGCAGAACUUGAAAGCGGCAGCCAAUGAUGAGGCAGAGACUCAGUCCAUAGUCUAUAUCAUCGAACAGCCCCCAAAGUUUGGCCGGUUGGUCAACGGCCCGAAGGGCGGCGCAGGAGGGGACCUGAAGAACUUCACCCAGGCGGAGGUGGAUAACGGGGAGAUCUUCUAUCGGCACGAAAUGCCGGACCAACCUUUCUGGCUUCUCCAGGAUGCCUUGCACUUCCGGAUUUCCUCUCCAUCCACAACCACAGACCCGUACAUCCUCGGACUGUCGGUCUCGUUCGAAAUCAGCUGUCCCCAGCAUACCACUCGCCUGUGGAGAAACAAAGGUCUCGUAGUUCCAGAAGCCCAAAGCGCCGCGAUAGGCACCUCCUUGCUGGAUGCUUCUAACCUCCUUGCCAAAGAACCAGAGUCCAAGAGAGCGGCGUACGAUGUGAUCUUUCUGGUUACGGAGCUACCCCGCCACGGGAGUCUGUCCCUCCCUGACGGGCCCGUCAAUCGAAAGCAUCCCUAUUUCCUGCAAUCCAACCUGAAGGAAGGGGGUUUGGAGUAUGCUCACCAUGGGUCUAGUAUUCUCGACGACGGUUUCAAAUUUAGCGCUUGGCUCCGGGGCAUUGCUGAGGAAUCCCUUCAGCCCCCACGGAAAGGACUCGUCAUUUCCGGGACAUUCAACAUAACAGUGAGCGACAGCAACGAGAUGCCACCACAGCUGAUCAGCCAAGGAGCAGUUCUACAGGUUCUCCACAACUCUCCUUUGAAGCUCUCUCAAGAGCUCUUGAACGUCAUGGAUCCUGACAGCUCCCCGGAUGAAAUCAAGUACAAGGUCCUUUCUGGGUCUUCCGGUGGCUUUGUGGCAAACGUACGCAAUAAACAAGUACCUAUAACCCAGUUUACCCAGGCGGAUAUCAAUGCCGGGCACUUAAUGUUCGUUGCCAACGGGACUAACUCUCCCGGGACUUUAGACCUUUCCAUCUCUGAUGGACACAACCCCUCCAUCUCCACUUCUCUGGAAGUCAUGGUUCUUCCAGCGACCACAUGGGCAACCGACCAGACACCCUUGGAAAUUGCCCAGGAGGUGAACAUGGCUUCAUUGUCCCAAGAACACCUUCUGGGGCCUUCAGGCCAAGGAGAGCCAAACACUGUCUACAGACUUAUCCGGGACCCCCAGUUUGGCCAAGUCCGAGUGAAUCAAAAGCCAGCUAGAGACUUUUUGCAGAAGCAGGUGGACAACAGGGAAGUGACUUUUACCUUCACAGAUUUCACCUCCCCCAAAGACGAGUUCCAGUUCAUCGCAACAUCAGGAGGGGUCAAUAUAUCGGGCACAGUGAAUGUAACGGUCAGGGCCUUGGUCAAAACUCAGGAGGAUCUCCUCUGGCCAAGGGGCACCACCAUCGUACUCAACACCGACAUCCUUGACGCAAGUGAGUUGGGCAACAGGACAAAGAGCGUCCCAGUUUUCAAGAUCCUCCGAGAACCCCGAGGGAGCCAUUUCGUGAAAGUCUUCCGAGACAAGGGGGACCACCCCAUCUCCAUCGACGCCUUCGACCAGCGCGACCUUGAGAGAGGGACGGUGGCGUUAGAAAUCUGGGACGCGGAAGACUCGGGGCCGGGUCUCCAGUGGGACAGCUUCCAGUUCGAGUUGGUGGCCGAGGGGGUCCCCCCUGCUUUGGAGUCCAUGACGUACAGCACGGAAGCCUUCAACUCCUCGUCGACGUAUGGCGCGACACUGCUGCAUGUGCCCGAUCUCCAAGACAACAACCAUGCCCCCACAACCCAAAGCACCACCCCUUCUUCCAAGACACUUUUGAGCUGGCCCCGAGGGUCAGAGACCCCCGGCCGUAGCUCCAGCAAGCCACCCGCACUUCUCACCGCGUGGGCGGGCCAUGGCAUGACCACCGGCGCUUCUCCGACGGAAAGGGGCACCCUCCUCAGCUUCAUCGAAGCCAACAUGUUCAGCAUCAUCCUGCCCAUCUGCCUCAUUCUCCUGCUGCUGGCCCUGAUCCUGCCCCUGCUAUUCUACCUCCACAAGCGUAACAAGACCGGCAAGCACGAUGUCCAGGGGACGCCCCCCAAAUACAAGAACGGGACCGUGGGGGACCAGGAGACCUUCCGGAAGACAGACCCCAACCAAGCCAUUCCUCUGAUGACCAUCAACACGCUAGAGGCCAAAGGGCCCGCCUCGAAAGGGCCCGGAGGGCAGCAGGAUCCAGAGCUGCUCCAAUACUGUAGGACAUCCAACCCGGCCUUAAAAAACAGCCAGUACUGGGUGUGAGCACUGGGGCUG